AUGAUAGCCAUAAUAUGGCUUAUUGUGGCUAUCCUGGCGCUGGCACUGUACCUGCGCAAGGUCUACUCAAAGCUUGCUAACGAUGGAGUCAACCACCUUCCUGUUGUUCCGAUAUUCGGCAACCUCUUCUGGGUAUUCUUUAGCUCAGAUAACAUCACCGAUUUCUUGGCGAAGUUAAGCUCUAAGUUUCCUGAUGAUAAAGUCGUGGGAGUAUACGAACUGUUGAAUCCUUUAUACAUUGUGAAGGACGUAGAUAUCAUAAAAAAUGUCACCAUCAAAGAUUUUGACCACUUCGUCGAUAGAAGGGGUUUCAGUGAGUUAGAUCCUACCUUCGGAAGAAGUCUACUCAAUUUAAAAGGUGAGGAAUGGAAAGAAAUGCGUUCCACGCUAAGUCCAGCGUUUACCAGCUCCAAGAUUCGUCUAAUGGUGCCUUUUAUGGUCGAUGUUGGAGAAGAAAUGAUUAAGGUUCUUAGUAAAAGAAUUAAAGAUUCUGAAAGCCAAUAUAUUGACGUGAAUACCAAAGAUCUCACCGCCCGGUACGCAACCGACGUAAUUGCCUCAUGCACUUUUGGCCUGAAAGUGGACUCUCAGUCCAUUGACAGCCAUUUCUACCGCAAAGCAAAGGACGUUAUCACAUUCAAGUAUUCGGCAGUAAUAAAGAUUUUCUUAUAUAGAUGUCUGCCUUCAAUUGCUGAAAUGCUGAAACUGUCGCUCGUUUCAUCUGAGACCUCCGGUUUCUUCUCAGACGUGGUACUGUCUACUAUUGAGGAACGUGAGAAAAGAAAUAUCAUCAGACACGACAUGAUCAACAUUCUUAAUGAGAUAAAGAAAGGACAACUAAGACACGAGAAAGAUUCAGAUGUUGACAGUAGUGCCGGUUUUGCUACGGUGGAAGAGUCGAAUUUUGGCAAAAAGUUCCGCGAUAGAGAAUGGACAGACAACGAUUUAGUAGCUCAAGCAGUUUUAUUUCUCUUGGCUGGCUUCGACACAGUUUCCACGGUAAUGACAUUCAUGAUAUAUGAACUGGCUGUAAAUCCUGAUGUACAAGAGAAGUUGGUACAAGAAAUAAAAGAAUUUGAUCAGAUGAAUGGUGGCCAGUUGGAUUUCAAAUCUAUACAGAGUAUGAAGUACAUGGAUAUGGUUGUGUCAGAGACUAUGCGCUUGCAUCCUCCCACCCCGUUACUAGACAGGCAAUGCGUGAAAGACUACAAUUUUGGCAGAGUGAACAAAGCCGCAACUAAAGACUUAAUAGUCCGCAAGGGUGCUGCUAUUGGGUUUCCGGUUUACAUGUUCCACCGGAACCCACAACUCUUCCCCAACCCUGAGAAGUUUGACCCUGAGCGCUUUUCCGAUGAGAACAAGCACAACAUAAAACCUUUUUCUUACAUGCCUUUUGGACUAGGACCAAGGAAUUGUAUCGGUUCUCGUUUUGCUCUCUGUGAAGUCAAGGUGAUGCUUUAUCAACUUCUUCGUAAAAUUAAAGUGAGCCCCUGCGAAAAAACUACAAUUCCCUUUAAAUUAGCAAGAGGUUUCCUUAUGAAUAUUCAAAAUGGCGCCUGGGUUCGUCUCGAACUUAGAGAAUAG